AUGGCAAUAUUACCAAUCGAUGGUUAUCUUGUAAUUAUACAUGAUUCUAAUAUAUUCCCGGAUACAACAUCUGGUGAAUCCCACGAAUUAUUUCUAACGUAUGGCGAAGAGUCCUUUAUUGCAUUGAGAGCCCUUCUGGUAUUUACGGAUCCAAAUCUUCGUUCGAUCAGUGCACAAACCCGUAAAUGCUAUUUCGAUGAAGAUACGUCAGACACGGCUGUUCCUUUCACUAAUUAUAGUUUUUCGAAUUGCAUCACAAGCUGCCGAACAUUCAACACAAUGGCACUGUGCGGUUGUGUACCAUUUUAUGUGGAGGCGGACUUGUGGCCACAAAGUGAUGGUGUCAUUUAUUGUACGCUUCAGCAUGUGUCCUGUUUGUUGAGCUACAAAU